UACGGAAAUGUGUGCAUGUCCUUGAUUAUGAAGUAACGUGGAGAGAGAUAAGCUGCAUCUUAUGGUGUAAUUUGUCGCUUAUCCAAUUCAAAGCUAGGCGUGUGUCAACACCAGCCCAGUGACCAUGCCUCUCCACAAGUACCCCCCAAAGAUCUGGGAAGCCCUAAAACUGAAGCAGGGGAUCUAUGCCCGCCUCCCCAAACACUACCUCCGCUCUCUGGAGGAGACCACGCAGCCCACCCCGGUCCACUGGAAGGCCCUGGGAGUCAAGUACAGGGCCAACCCUAAAACAGGGCACAAGGAGCGGGUACAAGACGUCCCCAUCCCCAUCUACUACCCACCAGAGUCCCAGGACGGUCUAUGGGGAGGCGAGGGAUGGAUAUCAGGCUUCAGAUAUGCCAACAAUGAUAAACUAUCCAACAGGCUGGAAAGAGUCUGGAAGCCACAACUGUUCACCAGAGAGCUGUACAGCGAGAUCCUCAACCACAAGUUCACCAUCACCGUCACGGCUCGCACCCUAGACCUCAUCGAUGCCGCCUACGGCUUGGACUUCUACAUCCUGAGGACACCAAAGGAGGACCUGAACUCCAAGCUAGGAAUGGACCUGAGGCGGGCCAUGCUCUUGAGGCUGGCCUUUAAAGACACCCAGCUCUACCCAGAGGACCCUGCCAAGAGGGAGAAGAUCUACACCAAGUACAAGCAGCAGUUUGAAAUCCCUGCAGAGGAGGCUGAGUGGGUUGGCCUGAGUGUGGAUGAGGCCGUGGAGAAACAGAGACAACUGGAGCACAAGGAGCCGGAGCCUCUGUUCAAGCGCUGUGUGGAGAACCUGGUGAAGGAGCUGGUCGUCCAGAAACUCUCUGAACCACAGCUGGUGGAGAAGAAGUAAGGGCCAUUUCCUUAGGAGCACUGAGGUCACUUCCUGUUGACGGUGACACUUGGGGACACUUGGUGGUUACUUGGUCCCAUUUAAAGACACUUAUUUAUUCAGGUUCUAUUUUUCAGCAGCUGAUUUGGACCUAUCUCCAUCUGGGUUGUUACCAUUUAAAUAUUCCCCAUUCCUCUGUUUGAUAGUGAGGCUUUCCUUGGUCAGUGCUAUAUCAUUUGUCUAAGGAAUAAAAUAUUCACAUUUCUUAA